AUGGAGCAAAAUAAGAAAACCAUACUACCGGCGUUUCCGCCUGGAGGAUUUCCAGCCCAAUUUGCAGGAAUACCAAAUAAUAGUGCAAACGCCUUGAUGUCAACCUUACAAACACUACAAAUGCAAAGUUUGGGAAAUGCAAUUCUACCGCCAGCAAACAUCACAUCCGCUGAGUUUUCACAACGUGUCUUAUUAGAGCAAAUGAAAGCGGUUCAAGAUAUGUAUAAUUCUUUCACGGGAGUGAAGGCUGUAAAUAGUGCUCAAGAUUUAACAAAUGCAGCAGCUCAGGCAGCAGCGCUGUCAUUAGCAAAUAGCAAUGCGGCAAAGUUUGCCAAUACCAUAUUCCCAAACUCUGCAUUUCUCGCUGGAGACCUACCUUUCCAAUCAUCGACGGCGUUAAUUGACAGGACGAAAGUGAUUUCAAGCGACUCACCAACAAGUGGAUCGUCUUCGUCACAUCCAUCAUCAUCAACUCCGCACGAAAUUGAUGUUGGAACAAAUCAUUCAAUGGAUGUCCCUACUGUAAGUAUGCCGAACACAAUUCAUCACCCAAAAGCUGUUCAUGGGUUGGAUCUGCAAGCGGUAAACAUUCUGAACGAAGAGUGGAUGAAGAACAGCGGGCUUUCAAAAUCUCUAGAAGCAGCGAAAAUGAUCUCAACAUCAAUAGCGAUUGCUACACCGGCGACCAUGACGGAUAUUCCUGCGCCUGCAACAUCGACAGCUGAUGUAAUCGUGGCACCUGAACCGGAAGAAGAGACAAAAGAGCAACAGCAAGAUGAUGUGAUGGAAAUGUUUGGGCUCUCAAAUCUGGACGAUGAUCCUGUAGUUCAUGAGCCGGAAACGGCGGUGAAUAUGGGAUUGAGUCCAGUUCAGUUUACUCCUCCCGAUUCGCCUACUGAAGCAAUGACCACAGACUUUUUAUUCGGACUUGGACCAAGCACAGAAGAACCCUCUGCUCCAGCGAACAAUCUAUUAUCUGAAAAUUCUGCAUUCACUAACGUUGCUCGCGAAGAUGUCAUACGUCCCACUCCAACAGUAUCUGUUGCCUUUAAGGCUCCUGAACUACCAUCACUAAUAUCUACGGAUCAAUUGACCAACAAAAACAAUCCAAAUAUCCACAACGGAGGUCCAUCUACUUCAGGAAUUUCGAUCAUAACGCCAUUAGCUUUAAAAAUGCCGCAGCUGUCAAAUACUAACGAUUCAACAGUUCCUAGAACAAAUCCGUCAACGCCGCAUAAAUCAUCUAUUUCUGGACCAUCAACAUCAUCUAUUCCUGGACCAUCAACACCGAGCCCAGCUCAAAAAUCAAGCCCCAUACCGAAAGAGACCGUGUAUACUAGACCCUUUAUUAAGAGUAAUAAGAUUCCUGUGUAUAAAAUGAAAAUUAAUAAGCUUGAUAAUCUGGAUGCAAUCAGAAAAGAAAACGAUAAAAAUUAUGAUGCUUUUGAAUUUGAUGAGGAUGACGAGAAUGAAACCAUGAAGCCAGAAGUGUUGAAGGAUAAAGAAACAGACAUUCUGGCGCAGUGUGAUUCGAAAAGUAAAAACGUUUACGUUCCAGGAAUUGGCUUCGCUAUUACAACAGAAGUUCAACCGGACCAAGAAAACUUUAAAAAUGCAAUGCCAAAAACUAAAGCUAUUGGGGAACCAGGAAAACCGGGUCUUUCGAGAACAAACAACCAUUCUGCUGCUACUCGUGAUGGGCACACCUUUAAACUUACACCUCAACUUGCCGAUUCACGCAUUGUCAAUCUUGGCGAUUCCAUUCGACUUCGACGAAAUCAGCAAAUGACAUGCAAUUUUCUUAAAAUUUCUAUGAGUAAUGAUACGGAGUGUACUCGGAAUAUUAGAAGAACAACCAAAGAUCCCGACCGUCCACCAUUGCCGAAAUAUUUCAUUCGAAUUUCCAACGUUGUUGAACCGUCAGAAACACCGGGAAAGCGCAAAAAGAAAAGGAGAAAGUUGAUGGAUGAUGAUGAAGAAGAUAGCGACUGGGAUGGUUACACAGGACAUAAGAAGAUACGGAGUAUUUCUAAAACAAUCUACGAAUUAUGCUUGGUUGAACCGGGAAAAGAAAAACAUCAACGACCACGUGUGGAAUUCGUGCAAAAUAAUUCGUUGAAUGGUCAAACGCAAAAGCGCCCACCAAAAAACUUAAACGAUAUAGAGUCAGUGAAAUAUCGCUUAAGUAAAUUUGGAUCUGCUGAAGGAAUUUUACCUAAAGGAACUUAUGUAGUUUGCAAGGCUGAUAUUUUGAGAGAUGAUUGCGCGCUUUGGAGAGUAGACAAUCAAAAUCUUCUUCAGAAAUUUCCACCGUUGCCUGUAGGAGGCAAUCGCAUAAUUUAUAAAAGCAGUAGCACGUAUUCCGGAUGGUGCGAACAGAUUUCCCAUCAAUAUUAUCGCAUAGCCGUAAAUGUGUUGAAGCAAAACCGUUCCGAAACAACUAUUGAACCGGAAAUUCCGAUUUCUGAAUUGUUUCCAGCAAUGACAGAAGAGAUAUUCAAAACACCGCGAUCUAUAUUUAUUUCGCCAUUGAAAAAAGGGCGAAGUUACGACGAUCAGUAUCUCUCCAAGGACAAUUUGCGAAUAGCGAUUAACACGCUUCUAAGCAACCUUCUCACUCACGCAUUAACAAUGACUCAUUUGCAAGAAAUGCAAGAAAAAAAUGAUUGGUCUUUAUUGCGUUCCAUUACCGAAAUAGAUGAGGUCAGUUCGGAUGCUGAAGUCAAAUUAAAAAAUCACUUGCGCAUUAAUGAUCGCUAUAUCGAUCAUAUGAAAAAUUACACACGUUGUCAUGUUAUAAAAUCAGAAUAUUACAAAAAUUGUCGCUGUCAGAUCUGCCAUCGUCAUAACGUCAUAGGAUUACUGCAGCUUUACAAUCGAAAGUCAUAUAACACUUUAACUCUUCAAUAUACUCCGUUCGAUGAUUAUGAUGAGUCUAUAAGCGAUAGUAUAAGCGAUAGUAUCUCCAUGACGACUCCGUUGCCAGCAGUGGACAUUUUUACUUGCGAGAAAUGCACAAUUGCCGGUGAAUUGCUACAUAAAGUCAUCCAUUUGAAGUACAAUCUUCUUCGAACCUGCGAAGAAAAGCUGGAAUUUGUUGGAACCGAAUUUAUUGAGCAAGCUCCUGAGAAGAUUGUUGAUAUGGUUAAGAAGGAUCGAACUUGGAUUUGUGGGAUUGUCAACGAUAUAACUGAUAUGUUCAAGAGAAUCAAAAUGGAUUAUCCGUGA